AUGAAGAAACUGAUUCUCGCUUCUGCCUCACCCAGGCGUGCGAGUUUAUUGCGCUUGUUGGAUAUUCCGUUUGAGAUCGCGCCGAGCAAUGCCAAUGAGGCUCUGGAUACCAUCUUGCCACCCGCCGAACACGUGCGAGAAAUCGCACAGCGCAAAACAAAGGCUGUUGUCCAUCGUUUUGACCACGCGCUCGUUUUGGGAGCCGAUACAAUUGUGGCAUUGGAAGAUGCGAUUUUCGAAAAACCGAAUGACGCCAAACACGCCGCAGACAUGCUGGCGCAACUUUCGGGAAAAACCCAUCAGGUCUAUACAGGGUUGGCUCUCACAGAUACAGAAACCGGACAGACCCUCACAGAAGUUGCAACUACCCACGUCACCAUGCGCGUGCUCUCAUCGGAGGAUAUUGCGACGCUAUGUCGCCACUGGGGAUUCUAUGGACAAAGCCGGUGCUUACGGCGCGCAGGGGCGCGCCUCUGCAUUUAUACAAUCUAUAUCCGGUUGCUUCUACAAUGUGGUGGGUUUGCCGCUUGCGUGCUUUUGGAGCCUUUAUCACCGUCUGGCCGGGCAAUCGCUCUGGGCGAUCAUACCCGAAAAUAG